AUGAGCGUCAACUGGGUGGGAAGCAAGGCGAGGGCGAGUGCUGGGAUGCCUGACACCGAAAGAAAGCAUCAGAAUGAUAUGCUUUCCUCCAAGAGCAACGACGAGCUCAGAUACGGAGACAGCAUCGUGCUGCUGGCAGAGCGCAUCUUUGGCUUCCUUCAGGCAUCGCCGAUGAAGAACGAGGAGAACCAGCUGCUCAUACGACCGAUCGAUGCUAGCCAGGGCCUGAGAACAAGCACCGUCGAUCUUGAAACGUUUCAGGUACAAACGUGUCACGAGUACGAAGCACAAGACAGGCUACAAGAAUUCCUUGUUAAGCACGGCUUGCACCAUCCCUCCGAUGUUGCAAGGCUUGACGAGGACCAGAAGGCAUUCCUCGAGGAGGUUCAAAAUCUCGCUGAGGAGGAGAUCAAGGGCAACGAAGAGCGCCAGCUGUUUCAUCUCGGCCGGCCGAUCAGAUAUGGAGACCCCUUUCAGCUUCUUCAUGUCAAGACCCGGCUCUUUGUCACGCUAGAGAAUCACAGCAUCAAGGUCUCCUUGUCCACCAAGUUCCCCAGCUCGUCGAGGAGCUCGUUCGCCUUCCAUCUCACUGAGGGGCAGAAGGGAAGCCAGUUCAUCUUCGACACUCCAGCUCGUCUAGAGCUGGGAGUCUCGCAGGAGGGGGUAGUUCGCCCAGGGGACGCGGUGGUCCUCGAGUCCAUUGCGUAUGAGGGUAAGAGGCUAUCAGCGCUCAAGAGACAGGGAGAGAACGUCUGGUCCAUCCACGCGUCCGACGACGACCCUUGCGAGCUCACCAUACAAGUGCAGGCGCAGGCGAAACCAGCACUCAGCGGAAGCUCUCUCAAGUACAACUCGCUUUCACAGGCGACAGCGAGCGCAAAGAAGGAGCUCGAGGCGUCGCUGCACGUGGUAGAAGAGCGGAGACAAGGGAUCGCUCGUGAAAUGGCCCUGCUGGACAUGCGGCUGACGGACGUGAACAAAGGGUUUGACCAGAUGGUUCUGCAGAUGAUGCUUCACUUCCAGGAGCUACACCAGGCGCUUGAAGCGCGCGAGAACCAACUGCUCUCUGAGGCGAGGAAGAGGAUUAUGGAGAAAGUCACCUACCUCAAGGAGAGGAGGGAGGAGCUGUCCAAGGCCAAUGAUGAAGCCGACAACGGUAUCCAGUUCGCCUCCAAGGUCCUGGCUAUGGACAACGACGUGGAGAUGCUGCAGAUGCAGCCGCACGUGAUGAGGAGGCUGAGCUCUGUCAAAGGAGCCGUACACACUUCCUCCCUCCCCACAGAGAACCUGACCUUCCGCUACACCUACAACGAAAGGCUGAUCGACUCCAUCGGCGAGCAUGGAGAAAUUUUCAUUGGGAGUGCGCACGAGGAGCGAGCAGUUCCGUCGUCUAAGAGAGCCGCGCGUCCUUCCUCAGCGCAUGCUGCUGCUCGAUCGAGUGAGGCAGAACCUCCGAGGCCGUCCAGUGCCAUCCAUGAUGGGGGCACUAAGAGCACAAGCAAGCAAAAGGAGAAGAUCGGAAAGCAGCUGCAAUUCUGGCAUGGCUCCGACCAUCCGGCUCUUGGCGAGUGGCUCUCAGAUCUGCGACAGAGCGGAGACAGCAUCCGAAAGAGCAAGAGUGCCAACGACUCGUACAACAAGAAAACGCGCAUCUCUGCUUCUUUCAGUGGGAAGACAAGAGGAUCCAAGUCAACGGACAGGAGAGAAACGUCGAUGGAUGGGAGGAGGAGAGCAGUAGACAGUUCAGCUGCUUUCGACGCGUCCAUGGCCGACUUGUCGCUCGACUCCAAGAGCCAUCGGCAAAGCUCGGACAUCAAGAGGAUGCACGAGAGAAUGACGCUUGCUUCAAUGUCCAAGAUCACCCCAAAGCGGACAAGUGCCCCUCUCCGAGAUUACUACGAAGGAUAA